AACCCCGGAGGCGGCUGCUUUGUUCUUCUUCGGCCGGAGAGCGAGGAAGGAGCAGCCAGAUCCCUGCGAGUCUGCCUGGGAAGGAAGGAAGGAAGGAUGCAACGAGUGAGGCACGCUCUCAAGCUGCGACAAGGCUGGAGAGGGAAGGGGUCUUGUGUGCCCCCCGGCUUGCCCCCCGGUCCGCGCCCGCUGCCCUUCCUGGGGAACGCCCUGCAGGUGGACACCACGGACUUCCCCAGGUCCGUGGAGAAGCUGAGCCAGCGCUACGGGCCGAUCUUCACGCUCCACCUGGGCUCCCAGCGGGCAGUGGUGCUCUUCGGACACGAGGUCGUGCGGGAGGCCUUGGGGCCCCGAGGGGAGGACUUUGGCGGACGGGGCGGGACCCCCAUCCUGGACAGGACGGCCGGCGGGACAGGCAUCGGGUUCAGCAAUGGAGAGACCUGGAAGCAGCUCCGGAGUUUUGCCGCAGAGACGCUUCGUGAGCUGGAGGCGCCGACCGAGGAGUGGAUUCAAGAGGAGGCCGCCUUCCUGGCCGAGAGGCUGGGCAGCACCGAAGGGCGGCCCCUGGACCCCUCCCGCCUGCUGAGCGCGGCCUCGGCCAACGUCCUCUGCUCCGUGGCCUGUGGCUUCCGCUUCGACUACCAAGACCCCGAGUUCCUGACCUUCCUGCGGCUCCUGGAGGAGAACGCCCGGCUCCAGACCAGCCCCAUGACCAAGCUGUACAACGUUUUCCCGGCCCUCCUGGACCACCUUCCCGGCUCCCACCAGACCAUCUUCCGAAACACGGAGGAGCUGAAGCGCACCAUUGCCGUGAAGGCGGAGGCGCAGAAGGAGGCCCUGCGGCCCGGUCCCCCCCGCAACUUCAUCCAUGCCUUCCUCCUCAGAAUGGAGCAGGAGAAGCAGCAGCAGCAGCAGCAGGAGGGCGUCUCGGUCUUCAACCUCCAGAGUUUGGUGAGAAGCACGCUGGACCUUUUUGUGGCCGGAGCCGAGUCCACCAGCCUCGUCCUCCAGUACGCGCUGAUGGCGCUCGUGAAGUACCCCGAGGUGCAAGAGAACGUCCACCGGGAGAUCGACCGGGUGAUCGGCCCGUCGAGGAGGCCUUGCAUGGCGGACCUGGACGGGAUGCCCUACACGCACGCCGUCAUCCGCGAGGCCCACCGCUCCCUGGCCCUCGUCCCGCUCAACGUGCCGCGCGCCACCACCCGCGACACGCUCUUCCGGCAGUACCUCAUCCCCAAGGGCACCACCGUCUUCCCGGCCCUGAAGCCCUCCUUGUACGACCGCCGGGAGUUCCCGCACCCGGAGCGCUUUGACCCCGCGCGCUUCCUGGACGGGGCGGGCAGCCUGCGGGAGAGCGAGUUCUUCUUCCCCUUCUCCAUGGGGCAGCGCGCGUGCCUGGGCCGGGGCCUGGCCUCCACCGCCCUCUUUGUCUCGCUGGCCACGCUCCUGCAGCGCUUCCGCCUGCGCCCCGUCCUGCCUCCCGAGGAGAUCGACCUCUCGCCCGCCCCAGGGUUCCUGACCGUGGCCCCCCGGCCCUUCCAGCUCUGCCUCCUUCCCCGCUGACGAAGACUCCGUGGACCUUUCCUCUGUGGCUUCCUUUUCUCUGCAUAGAGGGAGCCUGGCUGUCGUUGCCUGGAGGCACCCCCCUGUUUGGGAGGUGUUUACUUGCACUUGACUUGGUGCCCCCAGGCAAUAAGAGCCAGGCUCCCUCUAGGCAGAGACCCUCACUUUGCAGUGACUUUGCAGCUUCAUGGCAACUCAGUGCCUCUAGGCAACAACAGCCAGGCCACCCCCAUGCAGAUACCCUUUGCAGCUGCAAGGCUACUCAAUGCUAAUCAAGCUUGCCCAUUGCAACAUCCACACUUGCAUCAUACAGACAAGGGCUCUUGCUCCCACCCUGGAAUCUUUCCACACAGGGUGCCUCUAGGCAACAACAGCCAGGCCACCCCCAUGCAGAUACCCUUUGCAGCUGCAAGGCUACUCAAUGCUACUCAAGCUUACCCAUUGCAAUAUCCACACUUGCAUCAUAAAGACAAGGGCUCUUGCUCCCACCCUGGAAUCUUUCCACACAGGGUGCCUCUAGGCAACAACAGCCAGGCCACCCCCAUGCAGAUACCCUUUGCAGCUGCAAGGCUACUCAAUGCUACUCAAGCUUACCCAUUGCAAUAUCCACACUUGCAUCAUAAAGACAAGGGCUCUUGCUCCCACCCUGGAAUCUUUCCACACAGGGUGCCUCUAGGCAACAACAGCCAAGCCACCCCCAUGCAGAUACCCUUUGCAGCUGCAAGGCUACUCAAUGCUACUCAAGCUUACCCAUUGCAAUAUCCACACUUGCAUCAUAAAGACAAGGGCUCUUGCUCCCACCCUGGAAUCUUUCCACACAGGGUGCCUCUAGGCAACAACAGCCAGGCCACCCCCAUGCAGAUACCCUUUGCAGCUGCAAGGCUACUCAAUGCUACUCAAGCUUGCCCAUUGCAACAUCCACACUUGCAUCAUACAGACAAGGGCUCUUGCUCCCACCCUGGAAUCUUUCCACACAGGGUGCCUCUAGGCAACAACAGCCAGGCCACCCCCAUGCAGAUACCCUUUGCAGCUGCAAGGCUACUCAAUGCUACUCAAGCUUGCCCAUUGCAACAUCCACACUUGCAUCAUACAGACAAGGGCUCUUGCUCCCACCCUGGAAUCUUUCCACACAGGGUGCCUCUAGGCAACAACAGCCAGGCCACCCCCAUGCAGAUACCCUUUGCAGCUGCAAGGCUACUCAAUGCUACUCAAGCUUACCCAUUGCAACAUCCACACUUGCAUCAUAAAGACAAGGGCUCUUGCUCCCACCCUGGAAUCUUUCCACACAGGGUGCCUCUAGGCAACAACAGCCAGGCCACCCCCAUGCAGAUACCCUUUGCAGCUGCAAGGCUACUCAAUGCUACUCAAGCUUACCCAUUGCAACAUCCACACUUGCAUCAUAAAGACAAGGGCUCUUGCUCCCACCCUGGAAUCUUUCCACACAGGGUGCCUCUAGGCAACAACAGCCAGGCCACCCCCAUGCAGAUACCCUUUGCAGCUGCAAGGCUACUCAAUGCUAAUCAAGCUUACCCAUUGCAACAUCCACACUUGCAUCAUAAAGACAAGGGCUCUUGCUCCCACCCUGGAAUCUUUCCACACAGGGUGCCUCUAGGCAACAACAGCCAGGCCACCCCCAUGCAGAUACCCUUUGCAGCUGCAAGGCUACUCAAUGCUAAUCAAGCUUGCCAAUUGCAACAUAUUGGGGGGGGGGGGGUCGGUCAGGGGAAUGUCCUACCUGGAAGAUGUGUAUUUGAUGAUCUCAAGAUGUUUUUCUUUUUUUACAUCCUGUAUGCCAUUAAUAAACACUCAAUAAAAACGUUUAAAAUUGGAAAAGAA